AAAGACUUUAUGGAUGGCAUGGGACUCGGGGUGUUUGCUGAACAGCUUGGGGAAUUAAAGCUUGGAGAACUGCUGGAUACACCCCCUCCUGGUCUAGAUGAAGCAAUUGCAAUUUCAAAGGUUAUCCAAUUCCUUGAAUCACAGGAAUACAAUAUGUUUACUCGUAUAGUGUUUGACACAGCCCCGACGGGACAUACUCUGCGACUCUUGUCCUUGCCAGAUUUCUUGGAUAAAUCAAUUGGAAAGAUAUUGAAGUUGAGACAGAAGAUAGCUUCAGCCACUUCAGCAAUAAAGUCUGUCUUUGGCCAGGAAGGAACGCCAAAGCCAGAUGCUGCAGAAAAAUUAGAGCGGUUAAGGGAGAGGAUGAUAAAAGUAAGAGAGCUUUUUCGUGACACAACCUCAACGGAAUUUGUCAUAGUGACAAUCCCCACGGUUAUGGCAAUUAGUGAAUCGUCAAGGUUGUGUGCUUCCUUAAAGAAGGAAGAUGUUCCUGUAAGGAGGCUUAUUGUUAACCAGAUUCUUCCGCCAUCGGCCUCAGAUUGCAAGUUCUGCGCAAUGAAAAGAAAGGACCAAAGUCGUGCUCUGGAUAUGAUCCAGAAUGACCAAGAGCUCUCUAGCCUGAUGUUGGUCCAGGCACCCCUUGUUGAUGUUGAGAUAAGAGGUGUUCCAGCUCUUCAGUUUUUAGGGGAUAUUGUGUGGAAAUGAAGAAAAAGAACUUCACACUGCAUCAACUGAUCAGGUGGCAUUUGUCAGCAGACUGCAUUCAUGGACAGUGUUGUCUAUCAUCGUUUAAUGCUCUUGCUCUAACUUGCGAACACAAAUACAUGCAAUACAAGUGCUUCUUGCUGCUGAGGUACAAGUUAAUACUAUCUCGUCUACAUUGGUAUCAAGAAAAAUACACGAUAGGAGUUGUGUUGUUCGAAUGGACGAGCCAACAAAACAAGAAUGAAAAGAACAUUUUUUCAUUUUAGUGAGUUGAUAUUUGAAAUAAAAAAGUGUGGCAAAGCACUACUGUAACAAGUAAAGUGGAUGUUAAUUACCUGUUAGUAAUAUUUUUCUUUUUUUGAAACAUAGAGAACUUGCCUUGUUGUGUAAAUGAGCUUUACCAUGCUUUUUGUUU